AUGUUUGCGAUUUCUCAGAUUAAUGAGGUAAGGUCAGUACGAUAUUUUGAUGUAAAAGUGUUCACUUUCUUGAAGCUUGACAAUUGCAGUCAGUUAAACUUGAUUUGGAAUAAAACGUCAAUAAGUAACACAAUGUCGGUAGAAGCCACUGCAGGUACCUCACCGCGAACCACUCACUAUCUGCAAAAGUACCCUGACCUGGAUCCGCAAACGCUUCGAAUAAUUCUUUCAUUUUUGGACUUAGUCGAGUCAAAGUUGAGGUCGGAAUCAUUCAGUGAGUUUCUAAACAGCUUCACGCUGUUUAGGGCUCAACGUAUCGAUGCGACAGGCCUUACCCAACGUGUGUUGGACCUAUUUGAAGGCUUUCCGGAUUUGGUUGUCCAGUUUAGAAAAUUUUUGCCACCGAAUUAUAGGAUUGUGGAACAAAGAAGUGAGCAGGGUGGUACCAAGUUUUUCCUGUCGGUCGAUGUGCCCAGUCAGCCACCACCUCCACCUAGUCAGUUGCCGCAAUCACCAUCACAGCAACUGCAACAAGCGGUGUCUCCAUCUGCAGAAGACGUAGGGAACCAGAUUGUUGAAUUGAAUCAUCAGGGAAGGAGAAAUGGAGGGACAGGAAUUGAGGAAUAG